UCAUUAAAUAGCAAUGCAAAUAUAUUCGGCGGCGGCGCUGCUGGUGGCUUCAGCCAAUCCCCGUUUGGCGGAUUUGGUUUUGGCAAUCCAUUUUUCCCAUUUGGCCUUGGCUUUUCCCCAUUUGGCCUUGGUUUUGGACGAAAAUAA